CGCCAGUUUUUUCCUUUCGUGCCAAAAUGGCGGCGGUUGCAGGAAGUGUGGAAUACGGCUGAGCAGGCUUGUGUUCUGUUUUUCUUUACUUUUCCUCUCCUUCCCAGUUCAGGCCUCCAAUAAGUUUAGGGACCGGGAGGUAACGAGGGGCUACUAUACAGGAGUGACUCUACACACGUUCACUUAAAUUGAGUUAAUGUUCUGAGGCAAGUAAUUUAACAAUGCUGUGAAAAAUAACUACUUUUAGCAAGCAUUUUUGGGAAGGAAAAAUGACAUCAAUCAUCAAGCUAACCACCCUCUCAGGGGUGCAGGAAGAAUCUGCGCUCUGUUAUUUACUUCAAGUAGACGAAUUUCGCUUUCUGUUGGAUUGUGGCUGGGAUGAGAAUUUUUCUAUGGAAAUCAUUGAUUCCCUAAGGAAACAUGUUCACCAGAUUGAUGCAGUACUCCUUUCACAUCCUGAUCCUUUACACUUGGGUGCACUCCCAUAUGCAGUAGGAAAGAUGGGUCUGAAUUGUGCUAUUUAUGCAACCAUCCCUGUGUACAAAAUGGGCCAGAUGUUCAUGUAUGAUCUUUACCAGUCACGUCACAACACAGAGGAUUUCACUUUGUUUACCCUGGAUGAUGUGGAUGCAGCUUUUGAUAAAAUACAACAACUAAAGUUUUCUCAGAUUGUCAAUUUGAAAGGGAAAGGGCAUGGCUUGUCCAUCACACCAUUACCAGCAGGCCAUAUGAUAGGAGGAACAAUUUGGAAGAUAGUUAAAGAUGGAGAAGAAGAAAUUGUUUAUGCAGUUGACUUCAACCACAAGAGGGAGAUUCAUUUGAAUGGAUGUUCCCUGGAAAUGCUAAGCAGACCUUCCUUGCUUAUCACUGAUUCCUUUAAUGCUACAUAUGUACAGCCAAGACGGAAACAAAGAGAUGAACAGCUACUAACAAAUGUCCUGGAAACGCUGAGAGGGGAUGGAAAUGUUCUAAUCGCUGUGGACACUGCAGGAAGAGUUUUGGAACUUGCCCAGUUGCUUGAUCAAAUAUGGAGGACAAAAGAUGCUGGUUUAGGAGUGUACUCUUUAGCACUUUUAAAUAAUGUCAGCUACAAUGUUGUGGAGUUCUCAAAAUCUCAGGUUGAAUGGAUGAGUGACAAACUGAUGAGAUGCUUUGAAGAUAAGAGGAAUAAUCCUUUUCAGUUUCGUCAUCUCUCUCUCUGUCAUGGACUUGCAGAUUUGGCACGGGUUCCUAGUCCCAAAGUUGUCCUUGCCAGCCAACCAGAUCUGGAAUGUGGAUUUUCAAGAGAUCUGUUUAUACAAUGGUGUCAGGACCCCAAAAACUCUAUCAUUUUGACGUAUAGAACCACUCCUGGAACAUUAGCACGGUUCUUAAUAGAUCAUCCCUCUGAAAAAGUUACAGAUAUAGAGCUGAGGAAAAGGGUGAAACUAGAAGGAAAGGAACUUGAGGAGUAUCUGGAGAAAGAAAAACUAAAGAAAGAGGCCGCCAAAAAGUUAGAACAGUCCAAAGAAGCAGAUAUUGAUUCCAGUGAUGAUAGUGAUGCUGAAGAGGACAUUGAUCAACCAUCUGUUCAUAAAACUAAGCAUGACCUGAUGAUGAAAGGUGAAGGUAACCGCAAAGGGAGCUUCUUCAAACAGGCCAAGAAGUCUUACCCUAUGUUUCCAGCUCCCGAAGAGAGAAUUAAAUGGGAUGAAUAUGGAGAGAUUAUCAAACCAGAGGAUUUCCUCGUUCCAGAACUUCAGGCAACAGAAGAAGAAAAGAACAAAUUAGAAUCUGGGCUUACGAAUGGGGAGGAACCGAUGGACCAGGAUUUAUCAGAUGUUCCUACCAAAUGCAUUUCAGCAACAGAAUCGAUGGAAAUAAAAGCUCGCAUUACAUACAUAGACUAUGAAGGACGCUCAGAUGGGGACUCCAUUAAAAAAAUCAUUAAUCAGAUGAAGCCACGACAAUUGAUCAUUGUGCAUGGACCACCUGAAGCCAGCCAGGAUCUUGCAGAGUCUUGUAGAGCUUUUGGUGGAAAGGACAUUAAAGUUUACAUGCCUAAACUGCAUGAAACUGUAGAUGCAACCAGUGAGACCCAUAUAUACCAGGUCAGGUUAAAAGACUCCUUGGUCAGUUCCCUCCAGUUUUGUAAAGCUAAAGAUGCUGAACUGGCAUGGAUAGAUGGAGUCCUGGACAUGCGAGUAUCAAAAGUGGAUACAGGAGUGAUUUUGGAAGAAGGGGAACUGAGAGACGAUGGAGAAGAAACAGAAAUGCAAGUGGAUGCACCUUCUUCUGAUUCUAGUGCUGUUGCACAGCAGAAGGCCAUCAAGAGUCUUUUUGGAGAUGAUGACAAAGAAAUCUGUGAGGAGAGUGAGAUCAUUCCUACUUUGGAACCCUUGCCACCAAAUGAGGUUCCAGGACAUCAGUCUGUCUUCAUGAAUGAGCCAAGACUGUCUGAUUUUAAGCAGGUCCUUUUGCGAGAAGGAAUUCAAGCUGAAUUUGUGGGAGGGGUCCUCGUAUGUAACAACUUGGUGGCUGUUCGCAGGACUGAAACUGGACGUAUUGGAUUGGAAGGCUGUCUCUGUGAAGAUUUCUAUAAAAUUAGAGACCUUUUAUAUGAACAGUAUGCCAUUGUCUAAAGGAGAAUUGUAAAUAUGAUUGAUACGGACAUUUUAUUAUGGGAUCUGUUUGCAGCACACAUUUGUUAAGGGCAUUUACUAGCCAUUACCAAAGGUUUCUAGCUGAGGGUCCCAACAUUGGAACUUUACUGGAUAUAAAAUAAGGUAGCUGUAUAUAGGUAUCCUGUACAUUUUGCCAGUUCUAUUUUUCAGACUAGUACAAGAUUUUUGUUAGAAAGUACCUGUUAUAGGUUGGUUUACAGGUUUACACUUGCAGAUAUUUUUAUGAGAACUGUUAUUAAAAAAUACUGUGUUAGAUCCAGACUAAGUUAGGUGCACUUAACUUAAGACAUGAUUAACUUGCCGCAUUUAUUUAAAUGGAAGCUAAGGCAACUAACUUAACCUUAAUGGGCUGGAUGCAGACUUGUUAAGAAUGCAAAAUGUUAUAAGUUAAUGUUAGAAGUCAGUUUUCCUAUUUUGCAAUUAAAAUAUUUCCUUCCAUCCUUGAUUUUUUGGAGGGAAUGCCAAAUUCAAUAGACUAUUGACAGUUGGUCUGUUUCUUGUUGAUAGUUUCCUCCCCUGAAAAUUAAUAUGCAUACAGAUUAGCAUAUAGAUGGAUAUAGGAAAUUACCAGGAAAUUAAAAGUACUUCUUGGUGAUGCUUUCAAGGUAUCUCUCUUCGGUUCAAUCAGUUCAAACUUUAUUAUUAUAAUUAUUACUACUACAAUAACACCACCACUAAACUGGACAGUUAAAAAAGUUGUAGCUGCACAAAGAACAUUACAGUGACUUCAGCUGAUAUCGAUGAUCGCUAUUUUGAAAAUGUAUGCUAGAUAUAAUGGUGUGCAUCAAAAGUUGUUCUUCUGCUAACUAAAAGCUGAUCACAGACGACCUGUCCCCAUUUUCAGACUUAUAAUUAGGCAGCUGCUCAGAAAGCAGAUAUUUGUGAGAGGCUGGGCUGAAGCAUUGUAGGAUACUUCUCUAUGCCAGAGGGCCUGUCCAGCACGCCCCUAAGCUAGCCUGCUGCUCUCAGGGGCAGCACAGGAUGCUUUCCCAUUGCAAGAGUUGAAGUAAGAGUUGACCACCAGUUCAGUUGUCUUCUGUAUGUGCAUCCUGUAUGUGCAUCGUCCAUUGGGGGAGCGAGAUGCCAUUUUGUCUUUCAUCUCAGGAAGGUAAAUGGCUUGGGCUGGCCCUGGGUUUUUCCAACAUUGCAGAAGAGUGUUGCAUCAAUGACGUGAUCCCAAAUCCAGAGAAUUUUCCAUUUGUGCAAGCCUCUGAAGAAACUUUUUGAGACAUUUUGAUGGCCCACCAGACUUUAUAUGCUACAGUCUGUCUCUCAUUCACCAUAUUUCUUACACUGACACAACCUAAUAUAUUGUGGCACAGUACUACAAGAAAUCUACUAGUGCUUGGGUGAGAGUUGAUGGAAAAGCCCUAAUUCUUUUACUACUUCCAUUCAUGGUACUGUGGGUUGUGUCCAAAGCAGCACCAGUGGGGUUCCACUGGCACAGUGACACUUCUAUUUUCCCUGUUCCCUCCUCACCCAGAAUUUUCUUUGGAGGGUCCCUCAACCUCUGGAGCUGAUUUGAGGGUCUGCAGGGGAGAGGAGGGGAAAGUUCCAUUCCACUAGUGCACGUCUCACAAACUAGAUAAAAUGGAUACCACCCUAUGAGUCCAAGCCAUAGAAUUCUACAUUUCAUUAUGUUCAUUGAAGGGGGAGGGAAAUGUGUCCAUGUCAUCUUUUGUCGCUUUUCAGUAGGUUGCCAUUGGGCAGCAGUUCUGAGUUUUAAAAAGGUGGAUAGAUGGGGAAAUUUUGGCAGGUGAACUUUUUAUACCACUGCAACACUUCAGGCAAUGUUAUGAUUGUCAAAAUUCCUCAUUUGUUUUAAACAGCAGCCUUUUCAUAUUGUGCAAGAAUAUGUUGGUUUCAUUUCUGUCAUAAUGGUAGUAUGAAUGUCACAUGUUAAUCCUUUUCAGUAACAAUCCUCUUAAUGGCAGCCUAAAUAAAAUGUAUUUGGCACUUAAACCUAUUUCACUCUAGCGGGGUAGCCUAUGUAAUACCCUCCAGAAGUUGUACUACAACUCCCAUCAGCCCCAGCCAGUAAGGUCAAUGAUCACAGAUGAUGGGAGUUAUAGUUCAAAACAUUUGAAGGGCGCCACCUUGGCUUUCCCUGCACUGUACCAUCCCCCUCCCAGCUUUAACAGAGAACCUUCAGCUCAAUACAUCUCAAUGAUAUUGCAAUAUUGGUUUAACUUAUGUCUAUAUUCUGAUCGUCUCCUCACUGAAAAGUACUUUUAAAAAUGUGUAAUGUGUUAUUUAAGAUGGCAAGCAAAUUAUGAACUAAAACUUACUGAAGAUUUAAAAACUUUGUUUCUCAUAACUCAGUUUUUUAAAAGGAUAAUAAAACCUAUUCCACUUGA